CUCUUGUUGAAUGAGAGGGAUAAGUAUCAACGACUUGAAUUUUGAUAUAUCCUCCCGGCCAAAACGUUCCUACCGGCCAAAACGUUGGCCGGCGCAAAGAAUAGGUACCACUGCUAGACAAAGAUCCAUGAACUGCCCGGAAUUUGGAUACGUCAUUCAAUCACCUUACUCUGCAACCAUCAGUCGCCGCACUCUCGCAUGACUCAAAGCCCCUUGGUCAAUGUCGGCUUGGCUCCGCACUCGUCUCCGACAGAGGCUUCCAUGGACCUGAAUGCCCUGUCAGGCGACUCUGGCGAUGGCCAGGAACAGGACUGGUCUCAAUGGAUGCAGUGGGACUGGGAAGAGUCAAUCUCAAACACAACAUCGAAUAUCGGCCUGACGCCGUUAGAGAAUAGCCCCAGCUCAAAUCUAAUGCCGCUGCCGGACAUCGAUGCUGUGGAUUUUGUAUCUGGCCUAAGACAAAAUGUAAAGGCGAACCUGGACAUUGCUAUCCCGCAUGGUGACAGAGUUCCGCGCACAAGUCCAAGUACGAAAGGGUCGUCAGUAAGCAGCCUGUCAAAUCGGAAACGCAAGACGUCAAGUGAAGACGAUGGGCUCAGUCGUGUAGAUGACGACUCGCCCCCCGAGUCCAAAGCGCAGCCAUCAAAGAAACGCUCACACAAUGUCAUCGAAAAGCGGUACCGAGCCAACCUCAACGAAAAAAUAUCAGAACUCAGAGAUAGCAUUCCCAGCCUACGCGCCCUAUCAAAGCAAGGAAACGGCGAUUCUCUGACUGCUGAUGACGACGUCACCAUCGGCAACAAGCUUAAUAAAGCAUCCAUUCUAUCCAAGGCGACUGAAUAUAUCCGCCAUCUAGAACUACGCAAUCGACGGCUGGAAGAGGAGAAUAAAUCUUUGAAAACAAAACUUCGACAACUUGAAAAUGCCAUGGCUAUGGACCAAACAACCUCAGCAUCUGUCGGGUCCGCUUCAUCACCGGAUAGUUAUUCGGGAACAAUUGACAGUUAUGGCUCUCCUCCCAGUGUGUUUUCACAUGUUGAGGACUCAACAACAUCCCGCAAACAGUCAGAGUCUGCGGGUCCCAUAGAAGGGAUGAUAAAAGUCCCGGAUUACAUCAAACAGAUGCGAUCCAAUGCGCCGACUCAAGGCAUCUUUGCCGAGUCAUACAUCAAGGAUAAACCGAAACCUUCACAACCUAAUGAGAACGCACGCAGAGGUAUGACUACUUCAAGCAAAUUUCUUUUGGGUACCAUGGCAAGCUUGAUGAUCGUUCAGAACUUGCCCACAGAAAAAGAGAGCGAGUCGAGUGAAAGAGGGCUGAUGGCAGUUCCAAUUAGUCUCUUUAAUGAGAUUUUGCUGCCAUACUGCAAAUAUGCACAAAGCAGAUUCCUUGUUUGGAGUGCAGACGUGGGACUGUGGAGAUCAUGGCAUUUUAGAGCUAUAUUGAGUUUAUACCUAACAGUUGUUCUGGUGGUCGGGAGUGCCUUCUUUGUCUUCCUGUAUCUAUUCAACUCCCGUCCGCAAUCUGACCGUGACCAACAAAAAGUCAUCUCUGCUGCUGGGGUCAGGAUGACGCCGGCGGAAUUCAGAAGACAAGCUUGGCUAACAAGUAUGCAAAGAGUGGGUGUGCCGCGCCACACAUUCUUUCUUGAAUGGUUCGCAGUCACCUGCAGAUGGGUUGAAUAUACUCUCGGCUGUGUGCUUGGGUGGAAGCUGUACUCUUGGAUCACGGGUAUCACUGAAGAGGAUGAGAAAGGGCGAAUCAAGACGUGGGACAUUGCGAUUGAUGCUCAAUUGGCUGGCGGAGAUCCCGAAAUCAGCAAGUCGCGUCUGGUGCUUACAAUCUUUGCUUCUGGAACAUUACCGCGCAGUCCUGGAAGAAUAAUGUUGAAGGCACUCCAUUGCCGUAUUCUGCUUUGGCGAGUCGCCAAUGGUGGCUCACUUGUCUCGAGGAUUGCCAAUAUUGUAGGCCGAGCUUUAGCCACUUAUCAAUGGGGCUUGGCAAGAGAAAUGCAUCGGUCCCUACCGAAGGAUCAUCCAGAGGCACUACCACGGCAUUUAGCUGCCCUCCUAGAGAAUGAUUGCAACGACGUUCUCCUCGAUACUAUCGUUCAGCGAGCGGUAAAUCUCACCUGGAGCCAGCCCACGCAAGAAGGACUCGACGAGGAUGAAGCUUUGCUGGAUGUAGUGGUCGACGACCCAGCGGUGCAGACUUCCCUGGACAGUAUUGCAGCAUGGUGGUCUAGCCAUAUAUUACAGAAUGCAUUACUACAGUCCCUCAGUGCCGGUGCAGAUGGCACUGCAGUCCUCAAAACACAGAUUGAUCUUGCCUCUAGAGUCGCGCCUCGUCUGUGCGUCGCACAUACUCGGGCCUUGGCUGUGAGAGCAGUGUUGUUUGAAACCAAUCGACUGCGUGAUAUCCAAGUCGUUCUUGCAGCUCUGCCUUCUAAAAAGAACAAAAACUCUCAGGCCACCAACUUCCUCGAUUCAUCCAUACCCACUUCCGCUCGCGAUGAAAUUGCCAUUGCAGUUCGUUGUGCAAUGAUCGCUGCUAUUAUCAAGGCACGAACUACAAACGACACGUCCUUCCCAUCUCACCUAACGACUCGAAAAGCUAUUUCUUGGCUGAAUCAACUCCCGCUCGAUCCUAUUGAACUCACUCUUGUCGGCUUCGUUGCCGUAUACCAUUUACUCCACCUGGUCACCACCUACGACGACAUCCUCUCAUCCUCAUCCCAAACCUCAUCUGAUGUAUCUACCCUAACAACGAAAUCUGCCCCUUCUUCACUUCCAAACGAAGCGUCAUCCUCUCCAAAAUCCAUCCACAAACGUGUCCACUCGAACGCCAUCGCUGAACCCACCCCACAAUACAGCCGCAUCGCCGGCGACUUGAUGUACUGGGCCCGCAACGCAUACAAUCCAGCCUUCUACGGCCUAACAACCAAGAUGGUCGACAAGGUGGAGGCAGAAUGCAUUUCUGUUUGCAAUAACAUCGGUAUCAAAUUAUUACCUCCAAAUCAGAGCAAAUCCGUAAAAUCAGGGUUGCGCAAGAUUGUCAAAGAGGAACGAAAACACGUCAAGAGGAAUUCUUUGAGCGCGAAAGAGGAGAAUCGAAGAGAAUGUGGUGAUGGUAAUGAUACUAGUGGAUGGGGUAAUGAUGACUCAACGAGAAUAGACGAACGAAUUAUUGCAUUAUAAAAAUAGGAAAGAGGGUUUAUGAGGGUAUGAUAGGAUGUAUAAUAUGGGGAAUAUAAUAAUUAGUGUUUCCUUGUGUAAUAACUCACGAUACAAUGCAACUACUUGUUUGCAAUACAUUUCUGGAACAAGGUUCUAGUUGAUAUGUAACUUUAUCUCUUGUGAAAGAACUGAUGCCGAGGCACAGAUGUAUAAUAUGUUAAGAAUAGUGUAGGCUCUAGCAUGUAUUGAUAAUCUCGAAGAGCAGUGAC